AUGUGGCUUGCAGCCGCUGCGGCGGCGCAUCACAACCACCACAACAGCUUCCAGUGGUCGACGCCCAUCAAGCAGCAGCAGCAGCAGCAGCAGCAGCAGCAGCAGCAGCAGCCAAUGUCAUCUGCUGAUACGCAGCGUGGCGCAUGCGACCAGUAUGACGGCUGGGCUUGCCAUGCAGCAGGCGCAGCGGAGCCGCCGCCAGCAGCAGAGUCGCCGCCGCCAUCGCCGCAGCCGUCGCUGCGGCAGCAGCUGCAGCGGCCUCAGUCCGGCGCCCGAAAGUCGGUUCGCUUCGCGCCCGGCCCCCUGGACGCGGACUCGGCCGCCCCUGUGGCCGUGACGCCCGACGGCCACCCCGCGGCCGAGUGCCGUGGCGCGGCGCUGGUGCGUCGGCCGGGCGCCGCGGCUGCGGCGUCAUUUGCCCCCAGCCCGCUGACGCCCUCCGACCUGUCGGCCCUUGAAGAUCUGCUUGGGCCGGAGAACGCCCCCUCUCUUGGGCGUCUGCGGCGGCGCCUCGCAUUGACGCCGCAGCGGCCCCCGCGCGUGGUGCUCACGGCGGCGCCGCCGGCGCGCCCGCAGGUGGCUGCAUGA